AUGGCCACCCCUGGCCGUUUGACCUUCCUAUAUCCUCAGCUGUUCCGCACAGGAGCUCUCUGGUCCGAGCCCGCCGCGGCUCGUGUCGCCCGAAAGCCUCGUCGUCAUGUCGUUCCUCUCUCUUCUCAGCCGUCAUGCUGCGCGCAUACCGCUUCGGCUCCUUUCUCCAGCUCCGCCUCCCGGAGGCAAGCCGCCUUUGUAAAAUACGGAAAGGCCGUAGAACCGCAGCCAUUACAUGACGAGACACCAACAACGUCUUCGGACCCAAAACCAAGCGCCGACCCGAAUCCCAAUGCUGCCCCGGCAGAGAAGCAGCAGUCUGAAAAGAGCGAGCCAACAACACCAACAGAAGGCGUCCCCGAUGCGCCAAAGGCAGCCCCAAGCUCCGGGGGAACCCCUGAACAACCACCCACAGCAGCCGCCGCGAGAACGGGCUCAGAUCCGACGGCAGACAAAAAGAGUACCACGCCUAUGGAAACCAUUCUCUACAUGGAACCGCCUCCCUCCGACAACACCACGCGCCUCCUGACUGACUCUGACAACGGCAACGGCCGACCACCGCACCUGCAGCCGCCUCCCUACGUCCACCACUUCGACAGCUACUCGCUCGUUAAACAGCUCUCGGCCGGCGGCUACACGCUCACGCAAGCCAUCACGGCCAUGAAAGCCGUUCGUGGUCUACUAGCGUCGAAUCUAGACGUGGCGCAAGCCGGGUUAGUGAGCAAGAGCGACGUGGAGAACGAGACGUACCUGUUUCGCGCGGCGUGCUCAGAGCUGAGCACCGAGGUCAAGAACAACCGGCGGGUGGCGGACGAGCAGUUACGACAGCAGCGCACGCACCUGCUUCAUGAGGUGGACAUACUCACGCAGAGGCUCAACCAGGAGCUGUUGACGCUGAACGAUAACGUGCGCGGCAUGUUCAAUGAUCGGAAAAUGGCAGUCAGGGAGGAGCAGAAGGCCGUUGAAAGUCGGAUCCAACAAAUAAACUACAAAAUUUCCGUCAUGCUCAACAGCGACGCCCGAUCCGACAUCGAAGCCCUGCGCUGGGUUCUUAUUCGCCGGUCCGUGGUAGGAAUAUUGUUUAUGGCGGUCGCUACCCUCGGCACCCUGCGCUACGCCACUUAUGUGAACCACGAGCGACAGAGAGAGGCCGAUAGAAAGAAGCGAGAAGCUGAGGAGGCCAGGAGGCAUGAUGGCACAAGGGACGUUGCGCCGGCGCCGUUCGCGGCGGAAAUUCUUGCGGCGAAUUAGAAGUAGACGCUUCUUUUUGGAUUCCGAUCAUGGCCGCAUUGUUAUAGACACAUUGGAGGAAGCGACAGGAGCAGGGUUCAAGGACG